AUGAUUGGUCUUAAUGCUAUUGUACUCUAUUCUGUGCUUAUCGUCUUCCAACUCGUCGUGCUGCGGAUAAGGAAGGAGCUUAGGGCUGGGAUCCUUACGUUUAUUGCAUUCCCCUGGUAUCGCCUUAGUGCACUCCUUUUCCGUUUGGGGGCACUUUGCCAGAACAUUCUAGUAUACAGUUUCGAGAGGGAAAACAUCAAAAUAGGUACUAGGGAAGAUGAGAUACGUGAUAUCCCACCAUGCCCACCCCAUAUGGACGUGGACUGGUUCCGGGUCUGGGAGGAGAGUGAUACCAUAGACAAGCUCAGCACUCCAGAGAGGCAACCACAGUUGAGUGCUACAGUUAAUUCUGCUCGCCGGUCUCGUAUCAAGACCCCUCGUACAAUUGACAUCCAUAAACAUCGAUAA